GCCUCCUGUGAGGGGAGUGUAGAAGGAAGAGGAGAAGGAGAAGAAGCAGUAGCAGUGGACAGCUGAGGCAGGGCAGAGGCUACCGAAGCUGAAGAGACUCAGCCAAAAGAGGUCAUGAGGAAGCAGGCGUGAAGAACGUCCAUCAGUUUCACCGGGUACCCUUGCAAGAGACUGGCAGUUUGUGUGCUUCCACAGAUAGUAAACAAUACACCUGGAAUUAAAGGAUCAAGAGAGAGCCUCUCCCAAAAGCUGUACACUUCAUCUCUGCAGAGAAAAUCAAGACAUUUUUGCCAGGGAAAGAUGAAAACACUGUGGCACUGCUGCAGGAACUGUAAGGUCAGCCCCCAGGACCAUAAACCUCUGGAGGCAAAGCAAGAAUUAAACCCAGACUCCAAAACUGAGAGGCUAGGUGUCUCAGGAACUGAUAGGUUAGGGUUUAGCUCUGGGUCCCUGGAGACAAAGGGAACAGAAUCAGAUCUGGCAGACUCAUCAGAAGGUACCCUGGAUUAUUCAUUUAGUACAGUUCCAUCUACCGAAUUGGAUCCAAGUGUUUUACACGAUGCUGACACCAUCACGAAUGUCAUGGAGAAUAUUAAGAUAGGAGAGCAGAGCUUCCUAGACAAUAGUGAGGAGACCAUUUGUUUCCUUCGUUCCAUCUCCGCAUGUUGUGUGGCUGCACACAAGAGUGGCCGGAACACCUUGGAACUUCCGUACUCGAAGGCCGAAUUGACAGAGGCAAUAGUGAUUGUGUUGGAGACGCUGCCCAUUCACUCUGUGCCAUCUUCCAUCCUGUCAUGCUGUAUUCUUGCUGUAUACAAUCUCAGCAAAAUCAAGCCUCCACUUGAUUCUGAGCUUGAGUCUUGUGUCUUGCGCCUGGCUCUUCAUGGGAUUUUCAACAUGGAAACACUAGCUGAUGCCCACAGUCAGGCUCUCUACAGAUCAUCUUCAGACACAAUGAAUAUUAUGCUGAAGGGCUUGCUGGCUGAGCUUCCAACCACAAGCCAUCUACUAUUCAUGUUGGAGCACAUCAGCUUCUGGCUCCAUUCCAAAUAUGCCCAAGAGAGAUACAGAGCCAUGAAGUGUAUCACAUCCUUGCUUCGACAUGCUGUUUUUCUGAUGAAUUUUGAUAGGUAUGAUGAACUUCCUGCCUUAGGACAUCAUGUGGCACAGCUUGGAAUCUGUAUCACCGAUUCAGCGGAAGAUGUCAGCCGUCAGGCCCGGGAGGCCAUCAGCUGCAUUUAUGAGCUGCUGCUCCACCAGAUGCGGCUAAACAUGAAUGCAGCCAGAGCACUGUGGUCCUCGGAAACUGAAGACAAUAGGAAGCUUCUGGCUUACCUAGAUACCUGCAAGGUGGGCGAGGUGUUCAGAAAGAUCUUCACAGAGGAUCAGAAGAGAGCCUUUCUACAGACAGCUUUGCUGGCCACUUACGACCCCCUACUGAGGAAAAGUGAGGCUGGGAUCCUAUUAGUAUUUUCCCUCCUGGGGAAGGCAAAUGAGUUAUUGGGAGAGGAGGUAGGGGAAAUUAAGAAGUUGAUCUUCAAGCAGCUCCACAAGCUUCGGACAUGCAAAGAAGUUCCAGAAGCACUGCAAAGCCUUAUUCUGAGCUAAGACCCGUGACCCUCGUGAUUCUUGUCCUGCAUUCCCCAGAUCUUCUUGUUACCCAUUUCACUGUUGGUCCAAUACACAAUCAAAUGGACUGGAGUAUUUCAAGAGAAUGGCCCAAGACAAGAAAGGCCUCCCUAAGUCUUGAGAUCAGCCAGUGAGGCCUUGUGAAAGUAAUAUCUAAUGCAUUUGUUAGUCCAGCCUUCACAAGAAGUGGGACCUUCUCUGGUGUGGCCACACAGCUCUAGCAUGCUCCUGUGAUGCUAGUUUCUCCUUCUCUCCUUUUAAAAGAGGUGAACAGACAUUUAUCUGAUGCAUUAAGUUUUAAAAUGGCUUUAAAAAAACUGUUAACCAAACUUUUGCAAGUUUUAGAAAAAUAGACAUCUCACGGAAAACAGUAAUAAGAAAACCAAAGGAAAAUGAUGUUUAGAAGCACAAAUCAUAUGGAUACAUGUGAAAAGUUUUGCAUAGUAUGAUCAAUAUAAAUAAAAGCUAAAAAUCAGUGUUUAAUAUCAAAAUAAUGUUUUGUUUAUAGUGUUUUUAUUUAAGCAGGGUGAGAUGUAACAAAAAGCUGAGAGCAAAAUGCUUAAUCCAUUAAUUUUUUUCCUGUUUUUCCAUUUGUCAUGUAUUUUUAACACAUUGAUAAAGAAAUGCAUAUCUUUUAUAUGAGUGGUGUUCCACUAAC